AUGAAGAAGGUAGAUGAAGUGAAGAAGGAAGUUGACAUUGGAGUUGCUCUUAAAGGAUCAUCAACUGAAGAUUCAAUGGCUAUGUUGUCAAGACAGUUUACUAAAUAUCUGAAACGAAAGGGAAAAGAGAGGAAGGAUAGAAUUGAUGAAGAGUUGAGAAGUUCAUCAAAGAAUGUGCAAUGUUUUGAAUGCAAAGGAUAUGGACAUGUUCGUUCGGAAUGCGCCAAUCUACAAAAGCAUAAGAAGAAGGCCAUGAAUGUUGUCACUAGUGAUUCUGAAACUGAUUCAGAUGAAGAAGAAGAAGAUCUGAAGAAUUUUGUGGCUUUGACAACUUUCAAUUCUAGUUCAGAUAUAGAUUCUGCGUCAGUCUCUGAAUUAGUGUCUGCAUCAGUGUCUGCAACAGGGUCUGCAUCAGCAUCUGCAACAGGGUCUGCAUCAACAUCUGCAACAGGGUCUGCAUCAGCAUCUGCAACAGGACCUGUAAUUAAAAGUGAAAACGAUGAAUGUGAUAGUGAUGCAGAGAGUGUUGAUGAUGAAGAAUUUGCUGAGAAUUAUAGAGCCUUAUAUGAGCAUUGGCUUAAAAUGAAAUAUGCUGCAGAAAAAGAAGAAGAAGCAUCACAAGCCAAAGUACAACUUGAAGAAACUCAAAAGAAUUUGAGGAUGCUUAAUAAUGGCACAAAGAAGUUGGAUCAUAUUCUGAAUAUUGGCAAGAUUGAUAAGUGUGGCCUUGGAUUUGAAGGAAAACUUUCAAAAUCGGAUCCAGUGUUUGUUUAUGGUGGAAAAAUCACGUCUGGAUCAGGAAGUGUGUCAGAAACAGCAACUGUGGCAGAGACUGCGUCAGGUACAAGAACUACUACGAGAACUGGUACAGAGUCUGAUACAGGAAAAGGUAAAGAACUGCAGAGUGCACCUCAACGAAUUUUUCGACCUGUUUGCCAUCAUUGUGGUAUUGUUGGGCAUAUUAGGCCAAGGUGUUUCAGAUUAUUGAGGGAGAGAAAUCGAAUGGAGAAUGCUUAUGAUAAGAGAUUUCAUGGUCCUACAUGUUAUCAUUGUGGAGUUCAAGGGCAUAUUAAGAGGAAUUGUUUCAGAUUCAUUCGAGAAUCCAGUCAUGAAGGCUUAAGGCGCAUGAAGAUUUGGGUUAGGAAAGAUGAUUUCUAUGGAGGUGGUGUACUAGGCUAUCAACCUCGUGUUGCAAAGCGGGGAGAAUUUUCUAAGUAGUUUUGACCAUGUUGUGACUCAUUCAGGGGGAGAAUGAUGAUGUGUUUCGUGAUGUUGUUUUGGAGUUAGAACUGUUGAGUUCACAAACAUAGUCAAAAAGGGGGAGAUUGAAGAUGUAGCUGCAGUCUGAUGAAGUUGUUGAAUGAGUCAAGAAGUAAAACAAGAUUUUGUCUGAUGGAGUUUCUGAAUGAUUCAAGAAGUAUGUCAAGAUGCGACUGUUUUUGUGUAAGUGUCGGUUUCUAGAAGGUUUGAGAAGAUGUGUUUGGAGCGUGUUUAGAGGAUGAAUCACAAAGGAAAAAGGACUUAAAGAGAUUUGGAAGACUUGAUGAAAGUGGAGUUUGAAGAGAAAAAGGAAAAGUAUAAAAGGAAAUUUACUUUUUCUUAUGGAAAUUGGAAAUCUUCUCCUAUGGUGAUUAGGAAAUCGUUUUGGCUAUAUAAGGAGGAGCUGGGGACGUCUUGGAGAGGCAAGAGAGCUGAGGCAUAGAGGCAAAUCAUUGAGAGCUUUCUAAGGGUGUGUGCGACAUAGUUUCGCGGUUUUGUGCAACUUAGUUUUGCGGGUUUUGUGCUUGUGUGAUCAAGUGGUUUUGUUUUGAAGUCUAGGCUCAAGUGGAGUUUAGCUCAGGG